UCGGCGUUAUUUUGCCAUGUGAUUAAAAAGGCUUAUAUUAUUUAAAGGACUGAAGUGUUUUAUGGUUUGUACAGUUGGAUAGUUGUUAUAGAAUCACAACCACAAGAACACUGAAGAGCACAAAUACAGGAUUAAGGAAUGGAGUAUAAGACCUGUUUAGUACUUGCUAUUGCCUUGUGUUUUGGAUUUGUUUGCCCUCAAAAGGAUAGUCACCCACCAUAUGCCUGCCAGUGUCUAAUGGAAACCAGUGAAAGAGAGGAAUGUGAAUUUUCUUCAGAAAACAUUACUGCAGAGCAGUGCACAGAAAAUGGGUGCUGCUUUGAUGCAUCGGUGCCUGAUGUCCCCUGGUGCUUCAAACCAUCAGGUGAAAGAGCUUCAGUAACUUAUGCAAGGAAAAUGAUUCCAUCUCAAGAAAGAAAGGAGUGUGGCUAUCAAGGGAUCACACGCAAAAGGUGCAAACGAAUUGGAUGCUGCUUUGAUCCAAAGGCAUCUGGUGCACCAACUUGUUUUCAUCCUCCAGUAAAUGAUGCUUCUCAGCACUGUAUAAUGGAAGGGAGUGCAAGGCUAGAAUGUGGUUACCCAGGCAUCACCGCUGAGGAAUGCCAAGCAAAGGGAUGUUGCUUCAAUUCGUAUGACAUUAAUACCCGGUGGUGCUUUCAUCCUCUGUCGGACACAGGCAAGUAUCCAACCAUGGGAGCCACAUUUACCUCAAACUGAAAAAGAGAAAAUCAAUCUGAGGUGAGAAUACAUUUAGGAGUGGCUAGAACGUGUGAGAGAUGGAGUCGAGACGGUGGGGAACAAACCACUUGGGACCAGAGAGGACCAAUUUUGUAAACAAAAACCAGAUGCCAUCAACAAGUGAGUGUGAUAAAUGGACUGCAAGCAGUUUGCUACAACCAAGGAAUGACAGA